AUGGCUGAAGGGCUUUUUGAAGGACAGCCUCAUUGCUCAAAAAAACUCAAAGGGCAACAAUCUGCCCAAAGAGCAGAGAUAACGGCAGUAACAGCUGCUCUCCAGCUGGCCCAAGACAAAACGACCAACAUUUACACUGACUCGGCAUAUGCUCAUGUAGUAGUACAUACAGCCAUGGCCGAAUGGCAAAGAAAUGACUUUAUGACCGCAACGGGAGUCCCCAUAAAACAUUAUCAAGAAAUAUUAAAAUUGAAAGAAGCAUUAAUGAUGGCCAAAGCAGUGGCAGUCUUAAAAUGUAAAGGACACACGAAAAAGGAUGAUUUUGUUUCAGCAGGAAAUGAUGCAGCGGAUAAAGCGGCGAAAGCAGCGGCUGGUUAUCUUCCCACCUUACAACUAGUUGUAAGUGAAACAGAAUUAAAAGACAGACAGGAAGUAACAGAAGAGACAGUUAAAAUAUGGCAGGAACAAGGUAGUCCCGAGGAAAGGAGUAUGUGGAAGUCAAAAGGGGGUGAGAGAGAUGAGAAAGGUGUUUGGAGAAAAGGAGGAAAAUGUAUACUACCUCAGAAGCAAUUAAAACUGUUGAUAAGUGAAGCUCAUGGAGCAUGCCAUGUAGGCGUGGAAGAAACACUGAGACGACUCCACACCUGGUGGCAUCCUUUCAUGAGAGCAAUUGUUAAAAAUGAACUACAGGAUUGCAGUGUCUGUAGCAGAUAUAACAGCAUGCCUACCACGAAACCACCCCAGGGAACUCACGAUCCUGACGUGACGGCACCUGGGCAGGUGGUUCCGAUGGAUUUUACAGACAUGAUUGAAAGUGUGUCCGGUUACAGGUAUCUACUGGUGAUAGUGGAUUCCUUCUCCGGUUGGCCUGAAGCCUAUCCCUGCAAAACAGAAACGGCAAACGUAGUGGUUAAACAUUUGAUUAACCAUUAUAUUCCAUCUCAUGGGUUCCCAAAUAAAAUAAGGUCUGAUAAUGGGACCCAUUUUAAAAACAAACAUUUGCAGGAAGUAGAAAAAGCCCUGGGACUGAAACACACAUUUGGUUCAGUAUAUCACCCACAGUCCCAAGGACAAGUAGAAAGAAUGAAUCGGAACAUUAAGGAAAAAUUGGCCAAAGCUUUAGCUACUUCAAAUCUCAAUUGGCUACAAGCCCUUCCUUUGGCUUUGAUGAAUGUACGAAUGUCAUUCAAUUCAGCCAAAGGCUGGACUCCAUUUGAAUGUCAUACUAACAGACCGUUUCCGGCUCCAACAGCUGCACUGGAGACAACAGAUGUUUCCGGCCCUCCGGAGCUCAAACAACUAACGCUUGCUUUUUUGCAACUAACUGCAAAACAACCCGAUGCUCCUUUGGUAAUGCAUGAAAGUGAAUUUGUAUGGUUGAAAGUAAUCAAAAGAAAGUGGUCUGAACCCAGGUGGACAGGUCCUCAUGAAGUGACGGAGAGAACAUCGUCUGCUGUCCGCCCACAAGGAAAGGGGGACACGUGGUACCACCUCACCUCUACACGACCAGCAAAGACCCCAUCCCGACAGAUCAUCAUUGCCACAAGUACUGACUGCACGUCAACGCCAGACCAGAUACCAUCCCAGUGA